GCUAUAAAAAGCCUUCAGGGCCCCUGCACAAGCGUCCCACCAUGGCGCUGCCUGGGCUGUGGCUGCUGCUGCUGCUGCUGCUGCUGCUGCUGGCUGGCACCCGCUGGCUGUGGGGUCACUGGAAGCUCUGGAACCUCCACCUCCCACCUCUGGCCCCGGGAUUCCUGCACUUUCUACAGCCGAACCUCCCUAUCUACCUGCUUGGCCUCACUCAGAAACUCGGACCUGUCUACAGGAUCCGUAUGGGGCUGAAAGAUGUGGUGGUGCUGAAUUCUAAUAGGACCAUUGAGGAGGCCCUGAUCCAAAAAUGGAUGGACUUUGCCGGCCGACCUCGGAUAAUAUAUGAAAAGCUAGACUUGGACCUGUCACUAGGUGACUACUCUGUAACGUGGAAGGCCCAUAAGAAACUCUCUCGCUCAGCUCUGAUUCUGGGCGUGCGAGACUCCAUGGAGCCCCUGGUAGAGCAGCUGGCCCAGGAAUUCUGUGAGCGCAUGAGAGCCCAGGCUGGCACCCCUGUGGCCAUCCACGAGGAAUUCUCUUUACUCACGUGCAGUGUCAUCUGCAGCCUCACUUUCGGAGACAAGUGUGUCCUCCCCUCCUGGCAGGAUGACACUCUGGUACACACCAUUCACAGCUGUGUCCACGACUUGCUGCAAGCCUGGAACCACUGGUCCAUCCAAAUCUUGGAUGUAAUGCCCUUUCUCAGGUUCCUCCCCAAUCCCGGCCUCUGGAAGCUGAAUCGGCUCCAGGAGAUGAGGGACCACAUCGUAAAGCAGCAGCUGAGGAGGCACAAGGACAACCUGGUAGCCGGCCAGUGGAAGGACAUGAUUGACUACAUGCUUCACGGGCUGGAGCAGCAAAGAGAGCGGAAGGGCGCAGGACUGCUCCGGGAAGAGCACGUGCACAUGUCAGUGGUGGACCUUUUCAUCGGCGGCACCGAGACCACGGCCACCACGCUCUCCUGGGCUGUGGCCUUCCUGCUUCAUCACCCUGAGAUCCAGCAGCGACUACAGGAAGAAUUAGACCUCAAGUUGGGCCCCAGUGCCCCCAGCUCCCGGAUCCUGUACAAGAACCGAACGCAGUUGCCUUUACUUAUGGCCACCAUCACCGAGGUGCUGCGCCUGCGGCCCGUGGUGCCCCUGGCCUUGCCCCAUCGCGCCACUCGGGCUAGCAGCAUCUCUGGCUACGACAUCCCCAAGGACACAAUCGUCAUCCCCAACAUCCAAGGCGCCAACCUGGAUGAGAUGGUCUGGGAACUGCCCAGCCAGUUCCAGCCGGAUCGCUUCCUGGAACCUGGCAAGAACCCCAGAACGCUGUCCUUUGGCUGUGGGGCACGCGUGUGCCUGGGAGAGCCUCUGGCACGGUUGGAGCUCUUUGUGGUGCUGGCCCGCCUUCUCCAGGCCUUCACGCUGCUGCCACCACCAGAUGGCACCCUGCCCUGCCUAAAGCCCCAGAAUUAUGCUGGUUUCAAUCUCUUGAUCAAUCCCUUCCGGGUGUUGCUGCAGCCCAGGAACCCGGUGCCCCGAGACCAGGGCCGGACCCCUUGACAGGAUAGGACCAGUA